AUGAGAACCUUCAGUCCAACACGGCAAGGAAAGCCCGCGCUCCUCUCGGCCUUGUUCCUCAUUCUCCUUCACUCCACCCAACCCGUCCGAGCUGUUCCUUAUCCCCGCGACGACCUCCAUGAUGCCGGCUACUCGUUUCUCAUGCCUCGCGCCUGUGAGCAAUACUGUGGAGCCGACAAUCGGUAUUGUUGCCAAGCGGGAACCUCUUGCACCACGGAAGGCGCCAUUGCUAUGUGCGUCGGUGGUCAGGGUAUUUACACCACAACAUGGACCGAAACCAAGACUUACACGAGCACUGUGACGAGCGAUUGGCCUGCUGCCGCUGCUACUCCCGUCGACGAAUCCGUGCCUUGCGUACCGCAAAGUAGCGACUGGACCCCGUGCGGAUGGGUAUGUUGCGACUGGUGGCAAGAAUGUGCCGUUGAGGGCCAGUGCCGACCGAAGCCCGGUUACGAGGGUGGUGUCGGCGGAGGCGGAGGUGGUGGAGGAGGCGGCGCGGGUACCGUCGUCACCACUAACGGCCAAGUGACGACCUUAUUUUCUGCACCAUUCCGGGUCACUGGAACCGGAAGUGCAGCUCCUAGCCAAACCUUCGUCUCGGGCCAGGAGCCGCAAGAAGACGGCGGCUCUGGCCUCAGUGGUGGAGCUAUUGCCGGUAUCGUUAUUGGCGCUCUCGCUGGCAUCGGUCUUCUCUUCCUCCUAUGCUUCUGCUGCAUCGCCAAGGGUAUCCUCGGCGCCAUCUUCGGUAGGAAGAAGAAGAAGGAGCGGACGCGAGAGGAGAUUGUUGAGGAGCGCUACACUAGGAGUAGCCAUGCGCCCUCGAGCUACUUCACCAAGCGAGGCACGCAUAGCUCCUGGUACGGUAGCUCCUCGAGCCCCAGGCGCAGUGAGAAGAAGAAGUCGAGUGGUGGUAAAUGGCUGGGCAUUGGCGCGGCUGCGGCUACACUGCUGGCGCUUCUGAACAUCAAGAAGGACAAAAAGCCUCCGUCGAGGCGUACACCCACGAUGUAUACCGAUUCGUACACCUACAGCUACACCGAUUCGAGUCCAAUAGGCAGUUCAAGCGCCGGAGGGUCGAAACACCCAAGCAGCCGCACUCACCGAAGCCACCGCUCUUCCCACCGCUCACACUACACCGAACGUACUCGCCACACGGGAAGGACGAGUAGGAGAAGCUCGGCUCACUAG